UGAAUUUCGAUUUUACCCCACAAAUCUUAAGUUGGUGAAUUAAUCCCAAAUCCCACCUACAAAUACAAAAAUCUCACAUACUACCGAAAACUACCAUCCUUUUAUUUUCUCCACCUUUCCUCUUCUCCAAACACAACAAUGGCUUGUAGAUGUAUCUCCUUCAUCUUCUCCACCAAAUUCCUUCUCAUUCUUCUCCUUCUCUCAGCCAUUCCAAUAGGUAUUCUCAUCGCUCUUGAGAGGACCCCACCUUCAACACACGUGUACCAAUACCAUAGCAACAGCUGGUUCAGAGAAUCUGCCACAUGGGACGAUGCUAACCGUCGAUUUAUCGUCUCUGGCUUAGAAGGUAGUGUAGGAGUAAUCAAUGUCCCUGAUGAUCAUCGUGAUGAUCAAGUGCUGGAUGAAAUCAGAGUCGUUAAAGAUGUUGAUUUGGCUGGAAAUGCUUCUGUGGGUAUUUCUAUCGACCGGUCCAGAAAUCGUCUCCUUGUUGUUGUUACUGACUUGAUUGGAAAUCGUUACAGUGGACUCGCUGCAUACGAUCUUUCCUCUUGGCAGCGUUUGUUUCUCACUCACCUCACCAGACCCGGUGAUGAAAAAUCCAUGGCGGAUGAUGUAGCAAUUGAUGAAGAAGGCAACGCAUACGUAACCGACGCGAAAGGCAGCAAGCUUUGGAAGGUGGAUGAAAAUGGAAAGUUAUCAUCAAUCAUAAAACGUCCACUUUUCACCUCAAAAGAAUGGUACAAAAAUUUGGUUGCACUCAAUGGAAUUGUGUACCACCCAGAUGGUUACUUAUUAGUAGUUCACACAUUUUCCGGAAAUUUAUACAAGAUUGACUUAAAAAAUGGGGAAGAAGUCAAGUUAGUUAAGAUAGUGAAGGGAUCACUUAGAUUUGCUGAUGGGUUAGAGCUUGUAUCUCCCUCUAAACUCGUGGCUGCCGGAAACCCGGCAGGACGGUUGGUGGAGAGCACGGAUGGAUGGGAGACUGCUUCGGUUGUCGGAAGUUUUUCCGGUAUAAUGCAUAGAUUGGCCACCUCUGCAAUGGUGAAGGAUGGGAAGGUGUAUUUGAGUCAUUUGAUUGGGUUGGGUUAUCCUAAGAGAAAACACGUUAUUGUAGAAGCUCAGUUUAGCUCUUAGAGUAAAAAAUAGUGGAUUUUGAACUCAUUUUGAGUUAUGAAUUGUAAUUGGCUUUUGGCAUAGAUUAUUUUGGCAAUGGAGUUUGAUUUGUUUGUUAUUAAUAGCAAGUUUCUAUUAUUCCGCUUCUA